CCUACUAUGUUCCCCCUCGCAUUGAUGAUUAUGGACUGAGAUUUGGGAGCUAUGAGAGCAAUCCCCGGCCUGGUACCUACGGUUCCGGCAGUUAUGGCCCUAGUAACCACGCGAAGGGCUACGGAUUCUCAAGUGCUGGAGCACACUGUUAUUACGCGGAAACUCCGGCAGGACUAGGGUUCAGUGACGAUGCUGUCAGUAGCCAUAAUAGAGGAUCAGGAUAUCGGAACGGCUGGUCCUACGGACAUGAUUAUAGGGGCCAAAGGGGCUCCAUGCCUAUAGAUCGUGAGCAGCGGAGCAGUUGGUGAGAUGAUGUAUUGUGUUUGUCUCUAUUGUGAUUAUGAGCAUUUGAAAUGCAGGAGCAAGGUAACCUGCACAAUAGGAAAGAUUCUUCACUCAUCCACUCUUUCCGGACAAUUCCAGCUAAGUCAUAUUUCUGCAAACCUAUCGCGGUCGUUCGAUGCCCGUUUCGACGUGACUAUUUGCCGAAGCUCCUUAAUGGCGGCCCAGAGAUACAUUAUUCGCUCUGAGAGCUAUGCCCAGACAGUCCCAACCUUCGCCCGAAGGACCGUUGACUACGAACUUUCUGAUGACCAGGAGCUGGCAUCCUCGCAGCCUGUUUCCCUUAUCCAAUUGUGCAGAAAGAGCUCUUCGAGAAACCGAGCAACGAGGAAGGCAAAGGCUCUUCAUUCGGCAAGCGCUGACGACCUGACAGGCGUCUCUCGGGGCGUUUCAGCCCAUGAUGAUGUUGAUAAACACGAGCAUUUCCCUCGACUCUCUCUUCCAGGCUACUCAAGCACCACAGAAUACGGUUCGGACGAGGAAUCUGAGAAAUUGACACUGCCCUCUUCAAGGCUCGUUUCACAAGGAUAUCCAUGGCAGCGUGAUGAAAGUCACUCUGAGGCCACUCAAGAGCAGACAUGGCAUCCGAGUCCAAAAGAUUACCACUCUCAAAAAAACCCUCUAAACUAUGCUACCCACAACAACCGUUUUCACCCGGGGGAGACCAGCUAUUUGUCCGAGAGUCCUUUCCUAAGGAAAUCAGAAUGGGACAGCUCAGAGCAUGGGUCUGGGCCUGCCGACGCGAUAUCAGCCGCCAGACCGUCCCCGUUAGAAACGCCACAGCCCUACCUUUAUUCGCAGAAAGUUCCGCAGAGGGAGCAUUUGCCAGCCUCCUUGCAGAUAUAUCGAGAGAGUUUUGAUCGUCCACACGAUAGGUCACCUUACGAAUCCUACCGUUUGAACCGCCGCGGCAAUCGGACCGAUCUACCAGAGGUUACCACUAGCUUCCAGUACGGAAAUCCUCAUGAUUUGGCGUAUGAAAAGACCAUAGGUAACAUAACCAUUCGCUCGGCACCGAACUUCGCAACCCAUGGUCGUUCACGUUUGUCUAAUUCAGAGGCGGCUACUCACUCGAUCGCGACGCGGAAAGUCCACAAAUCACAGGAAGCACCUGUCUUUGGGUCAAGACUAUCAAGUGGUACCAGCACCUCCCAGCGGACCCUAAAAGAGGAGAUUUACGCCAUCUUGGACAAUAUGAAUGUUAACUCCCAAACAGAUCCUGGCCCAGCGUCAACUCAGAUUCGUGAAAGUACAGAGUCUCCACCUGCUCGUGUGCUUGGAGUGCCCCAACUGCUUAAAGCUGAGUCUCCAGAAUUGCGAUCGUAUUUGACAAGCAACGAUACAAGAGCCGAGCCAAGAGACACAAUUAUUAGGGCUCUUGAUUUGAGGAAAGAGCCACAUAGAUGUCAAAAGACCAUCAUUACAGCGGACACUUUGCCAUUAGAAUACGACCAGUCAAAUAUCGAAUCAGUGCUAGGGACUCCGAACACCUCGGCCGCCUCACCCAAGAUAAUAAAGCCAACUCCAGGUCUUCUUAAUCCAGAUAUACCGCCUGGGGACAAAAUUUCAGCGUCCACAACAGCAAGGCUUCGUGAUGCAGGUUACUGGUUUCACCAAGACGUUCGUGGAGAAGAGCAGCUACGCCAACAUAUCGCUAACACUGUUGAAAACUUUGUUGAUACGACUGAGUGUGUAGGAGGGCAAACUUAUUUGAGACAGGAUCGCAUCCUUACCAAGCAAACUAUCUCGGCCCUGGGCGACGUCAUCGCUAAUCUUCACGCUUACAACUCCGGCGAUGACCAGAGGGGAUAUUUUGCAGAUUUUGCCUCUGUCGCGUCGCGCUUCUGCGAUCUGCCAGUCAGCGGACAGCGCAGUUACUUUGAAGACCCUUGGGAGAGACUCAUGGAGCAGAUAAUCCAUGAUGGCGAAUUCACUUAG